ACGAGUAAAAGAGAGAGACUGGGUGUAAGAGGGAGAGAGAGAGUACAAGCGCGGAAAUUUUGCCAAGCACCCCUGGUGUGAGGCUUGUGUCUGCGCGCUCGCUGCAUACUCGUCAGCUCCACGGGCACGGGCACUCGGGCAGGAUGAGCUCUUGCAGCAGCAGGGCUCUGACGCUGCUCUCCACGGUGUUUGGGGCAUGCGGAUUGCUGUUGGUAGGGGUUGCCGUGGCGACGGAUUAUUGGCUGCUGAUGGAGGAAGGCAUCGUAAUGCAGCAGAACCAAACUGUCGACGUCAAGAUGGCAUUGCACUCUGGCCUGUGGAGAGUGUGUUUUAUAGCAGGUUCUGAAAAAGGUCGAUGUGUGGCCUCUGAGUAUUUCACAGAACCAGAGAUUGAAAUCACCACAGAAAACACAGCAAAUAUCCUCAAAAUGGUGCGGACGGCGACUCCCUUUCCUAUGGUUUCUCUGCUUUUCGUUUUCACUGCCUUCAUCAUAAGUAAUGUGGGCCACAUCCGCCCUCAGCGCACCAUCCUGGCCUUCGUUUCUGGAAUCUUCUUCAUUCUCUCAGGGCUGAGUUUGGUGGUUGGAUUAGUGUUGUAUAUCUCCAGUAUCAAUGAUGAAGUGAUGAACAGGCCACGGGAGCCAGAGCAGUUCUUCAAUUACCACUACGGCUGGUCGUUCGCGUUUGCUGCCAGCUCCUUCUUGCUCAAAGAGGGUGCUGGUGUGAUGUCUGUGUAUCUCUUUAUGAAGCGCUACGCAGAAGAGGAGACAUAUCGGCCUCACCCGGCUCUCUACCGUCCCCGACUUUCUGAGUGCAGCGACUACAGCGGCCAGUACCUCCAUCCAGAGACCUGGCCUCCACCCCAGGGCGCACGGAACGGAUCCGAGAUCUCCAGCGACAUCUCCAUCCAGCUUACUCAGAACCCCAAACACCAGCCGAAGACCCAACAUAACAUGUCUUCUCCGGGAAUCACGGCUGCUUCCAGCCCUACCUCUGGAGCUGAUUAUCAGCUUCCAUCACCAGCUUCUGGUGCUUCAUUCUCCCAUAACCAUCCUCUUCACCCUGGAGCGCAUGGAGGAGCUGCAGCAUCACAGACCCUGCCCCUGUCCGCAUCAGCCGCUGCAGUGCCACCUCCACACUAUCACACACAUAUGCGCAUGGGUGCCUCUCCCUGCUAAAUGCAGGUUGAAGAGAACGUUUUUUGAUAGUUUGUUUUAAGUGAGGUAGAGCAGAAAGAAAGAGAGUUUGGGUUAAGGUAAGAUAUAGUUUUAUAUGAGAAGUACCAAAUAUCUUGUUUGUAUCACAAGGCCUCUUUUUUAAGAUUGAAUGUGGUAGUAAUAUUGUAGUAUAUUAAACGGCACAUGGAUCUAAUGGGGGUUUAUUGCACAGUGCAAAACAUUUUGAAAAUCUCACACAACACAACUGACAAUUCAUUUCUGUAGGUUUACACAUUUAGAGCGUAAGAGAACUGUAACUAUUGCCUUUACUUUAUAGGUGGUAUUAAAGCUAUUCUUGAACUUAAGUAAUACGUAUUUCUCAUCAUGAAAUCUGUGAAUUGUAAGGUUUAGUAUUAAUAUCAUCAAUUGCUUAAGUGGGAAUUACUUUCACAAAUUUAAACCAUGAACAUAUUCUUUGCGUUCUUUAAUAAGAGUGAUAGAUAAGCCUGGGAAUUGUUCUCAGCAUGUUAAGAAAUAUUGAGUAUUUCUUGUGUAAUCAUUGUGUACUGUUGUGUUUGUGGCUGUGAUUUUAGUUCACUGCCUUUCUGAAAAGAUGUUAACAAAUGUAUUGGAAAAUGUCACGAAAUUAAAAUGAUUUGA